UUGUUUCCAAAAUGGCCGCCUCCAAAAAGCAACACGCCACAAACCAAAGCUGUGUUAUUCCCGGAGGAUUUGCAGUGCUGCCCUUAAAGUUUUGUUCCAGCAGCGUCGCACAUCACAAACUUUAUGUAAAAGAGCACAAAGUCCGGGAUGAAAAAAGCUCGUACAGACCAGUGGACAGGACCCUGUUUGUUCUGAAUGUUCCCCCAUAUUGUUCAGAGGACGUCAUCAAAAGAAUAUUUUCUCAGUUUGGAAACGUAAAUUCAGUGGAGUUGAGAGACCAGCCAGGUUCCUCUCCGCACCAUGGACCGAAGCUUUCCAAUGUUUUUAAACCAGCAGAAAAACAUGGAUUCAAAGUAGGAUACAUUGUGUUUGAAAAUUCUUCCAGUAUCAAAGCUGCUAAAUCUCAUCCAUCCAGUGAGCCUCUGGUGGUGUCCACAGAGGAGCAUCCUGUCAAGACGGGGAUUCAAAAAUGGAUACAGCAGUACAAAGAAGCUUUUAUUCAGCCGGAGGAACUUAACAAAAUAGUUGACUCUUUUAUGGAGGAUUAUGACAAGCAUAAAGAAAAGGAAGAAGAACAACGAAGGAAAAAAGAGGAACAGCAGCAGGAAGACGAAGAUGGUUGGGUCAAAGUUACAAGGGGACACAAAGGUGCAAAAGCCCGUCCCCACAGUGAAAUGGCCAAUCAGCGCACUUUAGCAAAAGAGAUGAAGAAAAAGAAGAGAAAGGAACUUAUGAACUUCUACACCUGGCAACACAGAAACACACAAAAAGAGCAUAUUGCUGAAUUAAGGAAAAAGUUUGAAGAGGACAAACAGAGGAUAGCCUUGUUGAGGGCACAGAGAAAGUUUAAACCCUAUUAAAUUGUCUUUUUAAGUUUGUAAACACAGUUUAAAAAUAUUAGCGUUCAAAUAUCUACUGUGCAUGCAUCCUUAUGUAUUUAGAUGUACAAAAGUUUGAAACACAUAAAAGAAUCAUUUGUUUUAU